ACACACAACUCUUUUUCUUUGUUACUGACGCCUAAAAUUCCCUCUACCGCCUCAAAUAUAACGCCAUUUCAGCCAAAAAUGUCACCACUCGCUCCCCCGCUGCGGCGAAAUUCUCUUUUGACCUUUUCAAAUAGUACUAAUAAUUAUAGUGUCCCAAUGAGUUUAUACAUAUCUUUAACUAAUUUUAUUUGUUCGCCGAAAAUUAACCAAAUUAAUAUUUGUCCCUGUUGCAAAUUGAAGCUGAAAGUGUUUAAUUGAACCACCUGCUUGAUUCUCUCUAUGGUUCAGAAAUUGUGAUUGUUUAGUAAUCAAUCUGCUCUUGGAGUAUUAGUGAUUGAAUUUCACUGUGAGCUUUCUGAAACUGGUAGCUCGAAGCAAAUUUCUGAGUGAAUCUAGUUGCAAGUAGUGUUAAAUAAGCAAUGGAACCAAAUGUUGGGCUAGGGAACAGUAAUGUGGAGCCUCGAGAUGAUAUGGAAUUUGAUACACAUGAAGCAGCCUACGAGUUCUACAAAGAAUAUGCAAAAUCGGAGGGGUUUGGCACUGCCAAAUUGAGCAGCCGUCGUUCUAGGGCUACCAAAGAGUUUAUUGAUGCAAAGUUUUCCUGCAUCAGAUAUGGUAACAAGCAGCAGUCUGAUGAUGCUAUCAACCCUAGACCUUCUCCUAAGAUAGGUUGUAAAGCUAGUAUGCACGUGAAGAAAAGGUCGUCUAAUGGGAAGUGGUACAUUCAUAGUUUCAUAAAAGAACAUAACCAUGAGCUUUUACCAGCUCAAGUGCACUUCUUCAGAAGCCACAGAAAUGUUGAUCCGCUUAACAAUGAUGCAAAAGUUCGACGGAAAAAGAUGUUGGCUCCUGUAUCAAAACAGUAUGUUGCAUAUCAAUUCUCUGGUAAUCUGGAGAAUCUUUUCAGGAACCAAAAUGACAGAGGUCGAAGUUUGUCUUUAGAAGAAGGAGAUGCUCAGAUUUUGCUUGAACUUUUUGUGCACAUGCAGGAAGAGAAUCCAAGAUUUUUCUAUGCUGUAGACUUAAACGAGGAGCAUCGAUUGAGAAAUGUCUUCUGGGUUGACGCCAAAGGCAUAGAUAGCUAUUCCAAAUUUGGUGAUGUGGUGUCAUUUGAUACUACAUACUUCACAAACAAAUAUAAAAUACCUUUGGUUCUCUUCAUUGGAGCAAACCAUCAUGUUCAACCCACCUUACUAGGUUGUGCUCUAAUUGCUGAUGAGACAGUGCAUACAUUAAUAUGGUUGAUGCGGACAUGGUGCCUGGCAAUGGGUGGACGAGGUCCAAGAAUUUUGUUAUCUGAUCAAAAUGACAACAUCAAAGCAGCUGUUGGAGCAGUAUUGCCAGAUACCCAGCUAUAUUUUAGCUUGUGGAGUAUAUUGGAGAAGAUCCCAAGAUGUCUUGAUUAUCUCAGCAUGUGGCAUGAAUUAUUUAUGGCAAAAUUUAGUAAAUGCAUAUAUAAGUCAUGGACUGAAGGGCAAUUUGAACAGAGAUGGUGGAAGUUGAUCGAAAAGUUCAAUCUUAGAGAAGACGAGUGGGUCCAAUUAUUGUAUGAAGAUCGCAAGCUUUGGGUGCCUAGUUUUAUGAGGGAUGUAUCUUUUGCCAGCUUAUCUAUGGCUUCAAGAACAGAAAGCUUAAACUCUUUCUUUGACAAAUAUAUCCAAAGUGAAACGUCUCUUCGAGACUUUAUUGGACAACAUAAGCUAAUUCUUGAAGACUGGUAUGAAGAGGAAGCCAAAGCUAAUUUUGAUGCAUGGCACGAGAUGCCUGAGCUUAAGACUCCCUCUCCCUUUGAAAAGCAGAUGUUGCUUAUAUAUACUCAUGAAAUAUUCAAGAAGUUCCAAGUUGAAGUAUUAGGAGCUGCUGCAUGCCAUCUAAAAAAAGAAUCAGAAGAUGGCACAUCUAUAACAUAUUCUGUCAAAGAUUUUGAUGCAAAUCAGGACUUCAUGGUGGAAUGGGAUGCACCAAGGUCGGACAUAUGUUGCUCAUGCCAUUCAUUUGAGUACAAAGGUUACCUUUGUAGACAUGCUAUUGUGGUUCUUCAAAUGUCUGGUCUCUUCAAUAUUCCUUCUAAGUAUAUAUUGCAACGCUGGACCAAUGUUGCCACGAGCAGGCGUCCCAUAGGCGAAAGACUGGAUGACGUGCAAGCUAAGGUCCGUCGUUAUAAUGAUUUGUGUCGAAGAGCAAUAAUAUUGGGUGAAGAGGGAUCGUUGACUCAGGAGAGCUACAACAUUGCUGUUGGUGCCCUUAAAGAAGCUUUAAAACAAUGUGCAACUGUGAAUGUCACUUCGGAGGCUAAUCUUAGAUCAGGUAGUACUGCAACCCUUGCUAUCCAAGAUGUUGAUGAACAACGUGCAACUGUGAAUGUUACUUCUGAGGUUAAUCUUAAAUCAGGUAGUACUGCAACCCAUGCUAUCCAAGAUGUUGAUGUAGUAUGUCAAGGAAACACUUCUGCAGCUAGAGUGCCAGGGUCUUGCAGUAAAGCGGCCCAGACAAGCAAGGGUUCUAAAAGAGCAGAUCCUGAAAAUGAAAUGGCAGUCAACAACAACACUUCUAAUAAAAAAGGAAAGGUACCUUUGGAGCCAGAUAUUGCAAACAGUGCACAGGGAGUCUUUGAGCAAAUGGAUAUGCCGGGUAGCCUGGAUUAUCAUCCUGCCAGAUUCAUGACAACACUAUUAAGAGGUGGUGAUAUUAACAAAAGAGGUGCAGAGUUACUUGGACAGUUGCUGCAGGAACAAAAUUGAAGGGUCAUACAUCAAGUAUUGGCGGAGGAACAAUUUAUGUUUUUAGAUUGGGUUGUUCCUCUCAAAAUGAAAAAGGGUUCUAUUGGCUAUGCUGCAGUGAAGGGCCAAACAUCUUUUGAUGUACUGAAAGGAGGAGAGUAUUUUUAGGGAAAAGAAUCUGUACAAAGGUCCAGCUCCAACAGCUUUGCAGUAUAAGAUUUAAGAAAUUUACAAGGAGUUGAUCUGAAGGAUGGUUUAGUUCAAAUUUUGAUUUGUUCAUUCAACAUAUAUGUCUAGCUAGUUUAACAACCGGUAAGUUAUUGAGAGCAGUACUUGAAAAAUUAGGUUAUUGGAUGGGCUGUCACUGUUAAAUCAUCAAAUUGAUUGGUGAUUUCAUUGAAAAGAAUCAGAAAUAUAUUCUAUUAAAAGAUCUGAUUACUCA